AUGUCGUUGCUUAGCAGUGAUUCGAUGUGUACCCUUUUGUUGCGACAGAUCAGGAGAGGUGGCUUGAGCAGAACGUGUAUAGCACGUUGCUCAUCUUCUCAAUUGAUUGUCUCAAAUGAGCCUUCAAGAGAUCAGCGGAAAGAUGUAGAGGAUGUGAGAUCGCCACAACAACCACACUCUGCUCCAAGAGCUACCGAUACAAAGCCUUCCAGUUGGAUUGAUGUGAAUCGAGAAGCGGAACGUCGGCCGGGUACUUUUCGAUCUCGCAAUGUCGGUUUCGACCGAUUUUUCGACACCCAACGCCGACAUGAAAGAUUUACAGUUCGGGAACAGUGGACCCAGAGAAGCGCCAUAUCUGAUCGUGCUCGAAAUUCUGAAGGACCUUGGAACAGAAAUGUUGAAAUGCCAAAAGUCGAUUAUAAGCAUUUGAAUUUACCACCCAUUCAGAAAAAUCUUUACGAGGAAAAUUCUUCAGUUACAAACAGAAGCGAAAAGGAAAUAGCGGAGUGGUUUACGCAUAACGAAGUCACCUUAAAAGGGGAACCGUCUCCUCGUCCUAUAUUUGAAUUCAGUGAGGCAGGUUUCCCUCCAGCAAUUGUAGAAAAACUCAAAAGAGCAUGCUUUCAAAAGCCGACUGUAAUACAAUCGAUAUCUUGGCCAGUUGCGUUGACCGGACAUGAUAUGAUUUCGAUUGCUAGAACAGGUUCAGGGAAAACUUUAGCGUACACUUUGCCAGGAAUUAUACAUAUGCAGCGCCAACAACAGAUGGAAAAUGUUCGAGGUCCCGCAGUACUUAUCUUAGCUCCAACAAGAGAACUCGUGCAACAGAUAAGCUCGAUGACAGUAAACUUUCACUCUAAAGUGGCAUCUGCUUACGGUGGCUCUGGACGUGAUCAGCAGGCUAGAACCAUUCGUGCAGGAGUAGACAUUUUAGCUGCAGCACCGGGUCGCUUAUUAGAUUUCUUGAUUGCGGGUGUUUUGAAUUUAAACCGAUGCACUUAUUUGGUACUGGAUGAAGCUGAUCGUAUGUUGGAUAUGGGUUUCGAACCGCAGAUACGCAAAAUUGUGUCCAUGAUUAGACCGGACCGACAAACUUUAAUGUUUUCUGCGACGUGGCCGAAAGAAGUGCGUACUUUGGCGAAGGAUUUUCUAAGUGACCCCAUAUUUGUUAAUGUUGGGUCACUAAAACUUGCUGCAAAUAGUAACAUCGUACAACUAGUGGAGGUUGUUGAAGAAAAUCAAAAAGAAGAAAAACUACUAGAGUUUUUAGGCAAAAUAUCAAACGAGCAACACUGCAAAACAUUGAUUUUUGUUGGUAUGAAACGGACAGCGGAUUGGUUAACACGGCUGAUUCGUAAGAAAGGAUAUCCGGCUUUGAGCUUACAUGGUGACAAGUCUCAAACAGAACGAAAUUUCGUUAUGAAUGAUUUUAAAAAUGGUGAGUGUUCAACUCUGAUCGCAACAAAUGUUGCUGCACGGGGUUUAGACGUAAAUGACAUUAAAUAUGUCAUCAAUUUCGACUGUCCGAAAAAUAUUGAAGAUUACAUACACAGAAUUGGAAGAACUGCUCGUCAUAAUAAAACUGGCACUUCAUAUACUUUAUGCACACUUGAUGAUGCGCCUAUAGCUAGCGACCUUAUCAAUGUUUUGAAAGAAGCCAAACAGACAAUUCCUCCAGAUUUGUUGGAGCUUGGUAGUAGUAGACGUCUCGCAAAGUCGUCUAGAGGUCCCUGUAAUGCCAGUGCACAACGAGAUGGUUCAUGA